CCUUAGAUUCUUUUUUCCUCUUCUUCCUCUGACCAAAUAUUUCACAUUUCCCCUCCCUGUCUGCCUGCGCAGCUCUCUCCCACCCUCCUCCUCUUUUUCCCCCCUUUUGCAGAUCAAUUUUGCAUCAUCAGUUAUGGUUCUAAUCCACUUGAACAUUUUCGCGCUUUAAUUCCCUUCGCCAAUGCACCCUCGAUUCUUCUCGAUCCAUCCAUCCAUCGGGAACAAUCUGAUUAUAUAUCGCGAGGCUUCUCUUUGAACCAUAACUGGGGAAAGGCUUAGGGUUGGAGGCUGUUGCAAUUUGGAGGAGGAAUGUUCUGUUUUCCUGGGAUUUGAGGGAGAUAUAAUUAAUUUACAGGUUCAAUCAAUCUUUUUUAUCUCAGGAAAAAGACCCCCUUUCUAGUUUUUUUUAGGGUUUAAACAUGGAACAUGUCAUGAUUGCUGGCAAAUUUAAGCUUGGGCGUAAGAUUGGGAGCGGAUCCUUUGGGGAGCUUUAUAUAGCGGUAAAUGUGCAAACUGGGGAGGAGGUAGCCGUGAAGAUGGAAUCGGUUAAGACGAGACAUCCUCAACUUCACUAUGAAUCAAAACUGUACAUGCUUCUUCAAGGCGCAACUGGCAUUCCGCACCUUAAAUGGUAUGGGGUUGAAGGAGAACAUAAUGCUAUGGUCAUAGACCUUCUUGGACCAAGUUUAGAAGACUUGUUCAAUUAUUGUAAUCGGAAGUUUACUCUGAAAACAGUUCUAAUGCUUGCAGAUCAGUUAAUAAAUAGAGUUGAGUAUAUGCACUCAAGAGGCUUUCUACACCGUGAUAUAAAACCGGACAACUUUUUAAUGGGGUUAGGGCGCAAAGCAAAUCAGGUGUAUGCUAUUGACUUUGGUCUUGCAAAGAAGUUUAGGGAUCUUCAAACACAUAAGCAUAUACCAUACAGGGAAAAUAAAAACCUCACCGGCACAGCUCGAUAUGCUAGUGUGAACACGCAUCUUGGAAUUGAACAAAGCAGGAGGGAUGAUUUGGAAUCACUAGGCUACGUGCUUAUGUAUUUCCUCCGAGGAAGCCUUCCUUGGCAGGGACUAAAAGCAGGGACCAAAAAACAAAAGUAUGACAACAUCAGUGAAAAGAAAAUGGUUACGCCAGUUGAGGUUCUUUGCAAAUCCUAUCCCUCAGAGUUUAUAUCAUACUUCCACUAUUGUAGAUCACUACGGUUUGAUGACAAACCAGACUAUUCGUACCUGAAGAGACUCUUCCGAGACCUAUUUAUUCGAGAAGGUUAUCAGUUCGACUAUGUAUUUGACUGGACAGUUUUGAAAUAUCCUCAAAUUAGCUCCAGUUCCAGAACACGGCCAGCUGAAAAAUUACCAGUGAACCACCCUGGCGGAUCAUCUGCAGAUAGAGCUGAAAAGGCACCUGGGAAACAAAAAGUUCGGGAAAGGCUUAGUGGUGCAGUUGAUGUGUUUACUAGAAAGAAUGUUUCUGGUGAACAACAUUCUUCUUCAAGGCAGCAUAACAAUACUAGUAAUGAUCAUUCUCGAUAUAAAUCUUCCAAUGACGUGCCUUCAUCAAAAGAAGUGCAAAUUGAUUCAGAGAGAGGGUGUUCGUCUAGAAACAACAGCAGCACGAGGAGAUUAGGGUUGCCCAGCAGCAGCAGGCCAAGCUCAUCCGGCGAACCAAGUGAAAACAGAACGAGCCGUUUAGCUUUAGGCAGCACUGGCGGUCGCCUGUCAUCAACAGCAACCACAACCACAACAAACCCGAAAAACCAACCUGCUGGUUUCCAAUCGAAAUCUUCUUCUUUCGUUCGAACUGAAGUUGCCAGAGGCAGUCGAGAUGAUGCUUUUAGGAGUUUUGAACUUCUGACCAUUGGAACAGGAAAGAGGAAGUGAACAACAACAAUCAAACAAACAAAAACCAUUUUAUUAGGACCCUGUUUGUUUGUUUGUUUGUUUUGUAAGGGGCUCAACUUUUCUCCCUAUAUUAAUUAAUUAAUAUAUACUGUCAUGUAUCUUUGUUAUCCCCAAAUCCCCCCCCACCCAUCCUUGUACCCUAAUUUUAUCACUUCUUUCCAAAAACAAAACAAAAGACAGUGUCUUUCGUCAAUGGCUUAUAAAAGAUGUAAAAAAAAAAGAAUUUGAUUUCUUCACGGU